CCGGGGCCGCGGCGUGGGGCGGGCAGGCUGACGCCGGCCGCGGGCUGCCUUCGUCUGUUCUCAAGCUCGCCUGGAGCGAGCAGCCGCCCGCGAGCCGCCGCAGAGCCUCCUCGUCCGCUCCCGCCGGCGAGCAAGAUGAUGUGCGAGGUGAUGCCGACCAUCAGCGAAGCAGAAGGUCCCCCUGGAGGAAGCGGAAGCCAUGGGUCUGGCUCCCCUUCACAGCCGGACACAGAUUCACAUUUCGAACAGUUGAUGGUCUCCAUGCUAGAAGAAAGGGACCGUCUUCUUGACACACUGAGAGAGACUCAAGAAACGCUGGCAUUAACCCAGGGGAAGUUACACGAGGUUGGUCAUGAAAGAGAUUCCUUGCAGAGACAGCUCAACACGGCACUUCCGCAGGAGUUCGCGGCACUUACUAAAGAACUCAAUGUAUGCAGGGAACAGCUCCUUGAAAGGGAAGAAGAAAUUGCCGAACUGAAAGCAGAAAGGAACAACACCAGGCUGCUGUUGGAGCAUUUGGAAUGCCUCGUUUCCAGGCAUGAGCGGUCUCUUAGGAUGACCGUGGUGAAGAGACAAGCGCAGUCUCCAGCAGGCGUGUCCAGCGAAGUGGAGGUGCUGAAGGCCCUGAAGUCGCUAUUUGAACACCACAAAGCUCUGGACGAAAAGGUGAGAGAGCGGUUACGAGUAGCACUUGAAAGAUGUAGUUUGUUAGAAGAAGAAUUAGGUGCCACACACAAAGAGCUAAUGAUUCUUAAAGAACAGAAUAAUCAGAAAAAAACACUAACAGACGGAGUACUGGACGUAAACCAUGAACAAGAAAAUACACCGAGCACGAACGGAAAGAGAUCUUCUGAUGGUUCUUUAAGCCACGAGGAAGACCUUGCUAAAGUAAUUGAGCUCCAAGAAAUCAUAAGUAAACAGUCAAGGGAACAGAGCCAAAUGAAGGACCGCCUGGCUUCCCUCUCCAGUCACGUGACAGAGCUGGAAGAGGAUCUGGACACCGCCAGAAAAGAUCUCAUCAAAUCUGAAGAAAUGAACACAAAACUGCAACGAGAUGUCCGUGAAGCCAUGGCCCAAAAGGAAGACAUGGAAGAGAGAAUCACUACUCUUGAAAAACGCUACCUCGCUGCGCAGCGUGAAGCCACGUCUGUGCAUGACCUCAAUGAUAAACUUGAAAAUGAAAUCGCAAAUAAAGACUCUGUGCAUCGACAGACUGAAGAUAAAAACCGCCAGUUACAGGAGCGCUUGGAAUUGGCAGAGCAAAAGCUGCAACAGACACUGAGGAAGGCGGAGACACUUCCCGAGGUGGAGGCGGAGCUGGCCCAGAGGGUGGCAGCGCUUUCCAAGUCUGACCUUUUGUCUUCUGGGAGCUCUGCUGCUAAGGAAGCUAAACUGUUGGAACUUACUUCCAAGCUUAGGAAGGCUGAAGAGAGACACGGCAACAUUGAAGAAAGGUUACGGCAGAUGGAAGCACAGUUGGAGGAGAGGAAUCAAGAACUGCAGCGGGCAAGGCAAAGAGAAAAAAUGAAUGAAGAACAUAAUAAACGUUUAUCAGACACUGUUGACAAGCUGCUUUCAGAAUCUAAUGAGAGGCUUCAACUUCAUCUUAAAGAGAGAAUGGCUGCUUUGGAAGAUAAGAAUUCUCUACUAAGAGAAGUUGAGAAUGCAAAAAAGCAAUUAGAAGAAACACAACAUGACAAGGAUCAGCUUGUCCUAAACAUUGAAGCAUUGAGGGCCGAACUAGACCAGAUGAGACUAAGAGGUGCUUCACUUCAUCAUGGCCGACCCCACUUGGGCAGUGUCCCAGAUUUCAGGUUCCCCAUGGCAGACGGUCACGCAGACUCCUACAGCAGCAGCUCGGUGCUGCGGCGCCCCCAGAAAGGCCGCCUGGCUGCCCUUCGAGAUGAGCCUUCCAAGGUACAGACUCUUAAUGAGCAGGAUUGGGAACGUGCCCAGCAAGCUAGUGUCUUGGCAAAUGUAGCACAAGCAUUUGAGAGUGAUGCUGACGUGUCUGAUGGUGAAGAUGACAGGGACACUCUUCUCAGCUCAGUUGACCUGCUGUCUCCCAGCGGGCAGGCCGACGCGCACACGCUAGCCAGGAUGCUUCAGGAGCAGCUGGACGCUAUCAACAAAGAGAUCAGGUUGAUUCAAGAAGAAAAAGAAAACACAGAGCAGCGGGCAGAGGAGAUUGAAAACCGAGUUGGCAGUGGAAGUCUAGACAAUCUUGGUCGUUUUAGAUCAAUGAGCUCCAUUCCCCCAUAUCCUGCUUCCUCGCUUGCUAGCUCUUCCCCUCCCAGCAGUGGGCGCUCCACUCCACGAAGGAUCCCUCACAGCCCAGCCCGGGAAGUGGACAGACUGGGUGUCAUGACCCUUCCUAGUGACUUAAGGAAACAUCGUAGAAAGCUGCCAGCUUCCAGAGAAGAGGUACGAGACGACAAGACAACUAUCAAGUGUGAAACCUCCCCGCCUUCCUCCCCCAGAGCCCUUCGGUUAGACCGGCUGCACAAAGGGGCACUGCACACCGUCAGCCACGAGGACAUCAGGGACCUACGGAACUCCACAGGCUCCCAGGAUGGUCCCGUGAGCAAUCCCAGCAGUAGCAACAGCAGCCAGGACUCGCUCCACAAAGCCCCCAAGAAGAAGGGCAUUAAGUCCUCCAUUGGCCGCUUGUUUGGCAAGAAAGAAAAGGGCCGACCUGGACAAACUGGCAAAGAAGCAUUAGGACAAGCUGGUGUUUCCGAAAUGGAUAACUCAUCUCAGGAUGCCCUGGGACUUAGCAAAUUGGGAGGACAGGCUGAAAAAAAUCGUAAACUUCAAAAAAAGCAUGAAUUGCUGGAGGAAGCCCGGAGACAAGGUUUACCUUUUGCCCAAUGGGACGGGCCAACGGUUGUGGUGUGGCUGGAGCUCUGGGUUGGGAUGCCAGCCUGGUAUGUGGCGGCCUGCCGUGCAAACGUGAAAAGCGGGGCCAUCAUGUCGGCCCUGUCCGACACAGAGAUCCAGCGUGAGAUCGGGAUCAGCAACCCCCUGCACAGGCUGAAGCUGAGGCUGGCCAUCCAGGAGAUCAUGUCGCUGACCAGCCCGUCUGCCCCGCCCACGUCUAGAACGACCACAGGAAAUGUCUGGUUAACACAUGAAGAGAUGGAAACGCUCGCAGCCACGCCGCAAACGGAAGAUGAGGAGGGAAGCUGGGCUCAGCAGACACUUGCCUAUGGGGACAUGAACCACGAGUGGAUUGGCAACGAGUGGCUCCCUAGCCUGGGCCUCCCCCAGUACCGCAGCUAUUUCAUGGAGUGCCUUGUGGAUGCCAGGAUGCUGGACCACUUGACCAAGAAAGACCUUCGAGGGCAGCUGAAAAUGGUUGACAGUUUUCACAGAAACAGUUUCCAAUGUGGAAUUAUGUGCCUGAGAAGGUUAAAUUAUGACCGGAAAGAACUGGAAAGAAAAAGAGAAGAAAGUCAGAAUGAAAUCAAAGAUGUGCUUGUUUGGAGCAAUGAUCGAGUGAUUCGCUGGAUCCUGUCGAUUGGCCUUAAAGAAUAUGCAAACAAUCUGCUUGAGAGCGGUGUUCACGGAGCGCUUCUGGCCUUAGAUGAAACCUUUGACUUCAGCGCCCUGGCCCUGCUGUUACAGAUCCCGACACAGAACACACAGGCUCGUGCUGUCUUGGAAAGAGAAUUUAACAACCUUUUGGUCAUGGGGACUGAUAGAAGGUUUGAUGAAGAUGAUGAUAAAAGCUUUAGGAGAGCACCUUCAUGGAGAAAAAAGUUUAGACCAAAGGACAUUCGUGGCUUAGCUGCUGGGUCAGCAGAGACGCUCCCUGCAAACUUCCGGGUGACUUCCUCCAUGUCCUCGCCCUCUAUGCAGCCAAAGAAGAUGCAGAUGGACGUGUACCCCCACUACUUCUACAGAUGAUUACGCAGCAUUUGGAAUCCAACAGAGACGACAUUUUAGAAUCCAACGGAAUCUUUAAUCUGUUAAUACUUGUUAUAUGGACCCGAAGAUAUUUUAUUACAGAGUUUUUAAUUAGUGAAAAAUUCAUGAAUACCAUAGAGAAAAUAUUUUAGAAUUUAAUGUUCUUCUAUUUAUGUAGACUUCUGCCUCUUCGUUUAUAUACUUACUUUUCAUGUGUCCAGGCUAUAAACACCCUUUCAAAUGGUGUUCUUAUUCCUAAUUCUAGUCUUUCAAAUGAAUGUACUGUAAUGCUGGUAUGUAUAAAUCCUGUGAACAAAUAUAGGGCUUUUGUAAAUUAUGCAUUUAUUGUAAUUAUUGUUUAAUUUUUUAAUGACAAACCACGACAGAGGAUUUUACUACGUUUAUAAAGUUAUGGCAGAAGCAAUGUGCAUUAUCCUUUACAGAUGCAAACUAGCUCUACAGCAAUCAUUUUGAAAUACGCAUACCUAAUUUCAAGCAAUUGUAUUUUAAUGACUGACCUUAAGUAUACCUUUUCUAGCAAGAAAUGCUUCAUUCCGCAGCGUGAGCAGGUUUACAGUAGCUGGUGUUAAAUACCAGCUUCUAAUAAAGUGUGGGCUGGAAAGACUAUCACGGCAUGACGAGAAGCCCCCAGCACUGGCUAACGCUUUCCUAGCCUUGUCUCUGCGUUUGGGGAGCUUGUCUUCAGUGGCUGGCACAGGCUGUGAGCUGGGAGCAGUUCUCUCAGCUGGAGAGACUCGGGCUGGGGUCACCUGGGACCAGCCCAGCCCCUGCGCCCUCUUCCCUGCCUCUCCUCCUUGGGAGUGGGCGGAGACACAUGCAUGGAGCCCAGUGAGGGCCAGUCACCGGGCGCCGCUCUCUCAUCCUGCAAGUUGGUGCACACAGCGGACAAGGCGGGAGACCCAGAAAACCGUGUAGAGCAACUCUAAUAAAGGCCUUAUUUUUCUUACGUAAAUUAUCUUUUUACAUUUGUUUGUAAACAUGUUUAAAGAAUGAACCUAGUGGGGCAUUUUUAGACUUUGAUGAUGUAGCCAUUGUGGGUUGUGUAAGUUGCAGAUGUGGCUUUUACUUUUUACGUGGCAUAUUAAAAAGCCAGCAAAGCGUGGCAGACCAUGGCGUGGUAUUUAUUGUGCAGCAGGUAACAGAGACAGAGGCAGCCUCUUUCACAUUUGGUUUCUGCUUUUAAUUUACUUGUCCAAUUCAUUGUCACUGUUCCAUUUUUCUAAUCUUUUGUGAACUUCCUGAUUAUGUAACAAAGUCUGUACAGUCUACUUUUGAACUGUUUUUAUCACAGUAUUAUUUAUUGCUUUCUUUCAAUAAAGUACUGAAGCAUUUUCCACUGCCA